AAUCACAAUAUUGGUCUCGGUCCGGGAGAACGGACGUGUGUAUAUUGAGUGCGAGUUAUGCGGUAGCUAUUGGACCUGUCUUUUAAACUUUGUUACACGGAAUUCUGGAUUUUAUGUGUGAUUAUUUGGAAUUAAAAGGUGAAAUUUAUACUCCAGUGAUUUCUUUUUACAAAUGAAAAUUGGAUAUUGAAAAGAGAGUAAGGGGUGUCAGAAGAGAGGGGUGAAACGUAUAACUCUUAUGGAUACAGCUCAAGUCAAAACAUUUUACACAGUGGCAUUUUUCAAUUCCUUUUUAGUCACGGCUGCCACUCUCCGUGAAAUAUAAGGAUAUAUAAGGAAUAUAAAUGACGAAUAUUAGAUUGAUUCAUAAAGUGUGUGUGUGGACAUUUCUAUAGAGUAUCAAGAAAAGAAAUCGAACUGAAAGCUGCCUGUCAAGACUUCCUUCAUCAAUAUUCAUGAGUUCUUAACUGCGCAUGUGCGACGUGUGACUGGUGGUAGAAAGUAAAACAUGGCGGCACGGAGUAGCUUCGUGCGGAUAUGGGCUCCGCUUUUAUUUGGAUAUUUUGUGUUUACGUCGGUUUUAACAUACGCUAAAAACGUAGUUUUAUUGGAUUCUGAAAAUUUACAGAGAUUAAGUUGGACUACUCAUAUAGCAAAAAAGCCAGAUGCAACAGAUACUUCAGAAAAUCCUAAUCAAGGGUGGCUGGUUGGAUCAUUCAAUCACAAUGGUCGAAGCAAUAGAGUGUAUACCUCGUGUUACGUUAAAAAUGCUGAUGUUAAUAACUGGUUACGAACCCCCUAUAUAAAACGUGGUGAUGCAAACAGUUUACACGUAGAAAUUAGAUUCACUAUGAGAAAAUGUUCUCGUAUAACAGACCCUUCUAGUUUGCAACAAUGUAAAGAAACCUUUAAUUUAUAUUAUUAUGAAGCAGGGUCAGACAUUGCAAACGAAAUGAUGCCAACGUGGGACGCAACUGCUUACAAGUUAGUGGAUAAAGUUGCGGCUGAUCAUUUAUAUGAAGCGCCCACUGAAAUCAAGAUCAACACGGAGACGAGAAGGAUUGCUUUAAGGCCAAAUUUACAUGGGGUGUAUUUUGCGUUCCAAGACGAGGGAGCUUGUGUGACAUUAAUCUCAAUCAAAGUGUAUCAUGUUAUGUGUCCAAAUAUUACCAUGAAUUUCGCAGACUUUCCAGAAACACCAACUGGUGACACAGAAUUCUCUCUAGUUGAUCGUCAAGGACAAUGUGUAGCUAAUGCUAUAGAGAUGGAACCUCCAACAGAUCUUUGUAGAAGUGAUGGAACAUGGUACAAGGAUCCUAAAGGCCAAUGUUUAUGUAUGCCUGGUUUUGAAGGUGACAAAGAUACCGUAAAAUGUACAGCCUGUGCUGUUGGACAUUACAAAUGGUCACAAGGAAAAGGUGCCUGUAAACCAUGUCCACAACAUAGCUAUGCACUGCUAGGGGCAGUAGAAUGUACAUGUGAACAUGGGUAUUUUAGAAGUCCUCAAGAUGAGAAAUCUAUGGCUUGCACCCAACCACCCACUGCCCCCAGAUCCCUGCUUUUAGAGGUCAUGACUGCUACAUCUGCAACUCUUUUGUGGCAGCCACCAUCAAAACUUGGGGGAAGAGAAGAUCUCCAAUAUGAAGUAGUGUGUCGGCAAUGCAACAGUCAGGUGAAAUUCCAUCCAGGAUGGCGUGGAUUUAAUACAACAAGAGUAACUUUGACCGGUCUGGCGCCACAGAAUCAGUAUCGAAUUGUUAUAAAUGCUCAGAAUGGUGUUAGUGAAAUCAGUGGCCAUAUAUCUUCCGCAGACAUCACUAUUACUACUGAUGCUAAUGGUGGAGGAAGUAGUAAUCCAGAUACACCGUUUUCAAAUGGUGAGGAUUCGAGUAAUCUAAAUAUGUUUGAUAACAGAUAUAAUCCUGUGAAAAUGAUCAACAUUCGAAUUAUAAAUCGCAGUAUGAAAUACAUUACAAUAGCAUGGGAUGCACCAGCUAGUGUUGGCAGUAUCAAGUUAUUUCAAGUCAAGUAUUAUCCACGUGAUGACACAAGUAAAACCAAAGUUAUACCAACAACAUCACCAAAUUUUACAUUAACCGAUUUCUUACUUGAUACAGAAUACUUAUUCCAGGUACGAGGUCUUACAGACCAAGGAUGGGGGAUCUAUAGUGAACCAUUAUCUGUAUCAACUGGUAGUGGCGGAGAGUAUGUGGACACUGAAUUGAAGGAUCCACCAAUUGGAAUCAUUGCUGGUUCUAUUGUUGCUGUCAUUCUCUGUAUGGCCAUAGCAACCAUCAUGAUUAUUAUUCUACUGAGAAGAAACAGACAAAAUGGUAAUGAAAAGAAAGAAUGUGAUACACCUUAUGGCCACGUCCUCCAUUAUCCCCAGUUGGAGCCACAUAUCAAUGGUGGAUUAACAAUGCCAUUGUUCCCAUCUCCUGGUUCUAUACAUAGUUCUGUCAGAACGUAUAUUGAUCCGCACACUUAUGAAGACCCUAAUCAAGCUGUACGAGAAUUUACCAGAGAAAUUGAUAUAUCACAUAUAACUAUAGAAUCUGUAUUGGGUGGUGGUGAAUUUGGUGAUGUAUGUAAAGGUAAAUUACGGGUACCAGGGCGACCGGAAAUGACUGUAGCCAUUAAGACUUUAAAACCAGGAGCAACUGAAAAAAAUCGUUUAGAUUUUCUCACUGAAGCUAGUAUUAUGGGGCAGUUUGACGAUCCUAAUGUUAUAUUCUUAGAAGGUGUUAUUACUAAAAACAACCCUAUUAUGAUUGUUACUGAAUUUAUGGCCAACGGUUCUCUUGAUACCUUCCUUAGGAAUAAUGAUGGGAAAUUUACUAUUAUUCAAUUAGUUGGUAUGAUGCGAGGUAUUUCAGCUGGUAUGAAAUAUUUAUCAGAAAUGGGUUAUGUUCACAGGGAUUUAGCUGCAAGAAAUAUUCUAGUUAAUGAAAGUCUUGUUUGUAAAGUUGCUGAUUUCGGUUUGUCAAGAGAAAUAGAAUCUGAUAAUACAGAUGGUGCUUACACUACAAAGGGAGGUAAGAUACCGGUACGAUGGACAGCACCUGAAGCCAUUGCUUUUAGAAAGUUUACAUCAUCUUCUGAUGUAUGGAGUUAUGGUGUUGUCAUGUGGGAAAUAAUGUCCUAUGGUGAACGACCAUAUUGGAAUUGGUCCAAUCAAGAUGUUAUUAAGGCAGUAGAGAAAGGUUAUAGACUUCCACCUCCCAUGGAUUGUCCAGAAGCAACACACCAAUUAAUGCUAGAUUGCUGGCAGAGAGAAAGAUCUCAUAGACCAAAGUUUUACCACAUUGUCAAAACUCUAGAUAAACUUAUUAGAGCACCUGAACUGCUGAGAAAAAUGGCUAAGCCAAGACCCCACAAUUUUAUAGAUCCCAAUGUACCUGAUAUGACCCAGUUUACAACUGUUGAAGAAUGGUUAAUCUCUAUAAAAAUGGAACGAUAUAUUGACAAUUUUGUUCAUGCAAACUAUUUCACAAUGGACCAAAUAUCUCGUGUUACAGUGAAAGAUUUAAUUAAUCUCGGAAUAUCAUUAGUAGGACAUCAGAAAAAAUUAAUGAACAGUAUACAAACAUUACGUGCCCAAAUUGCUGGAGCACAAAUGUCCGAAGGAUUUCUUGUAUAGUUCGUAAUCUGUGAUUAGUUUUUACAGACAUUUUGAUUGGCCGAACAGCUGAUCAGCUAUAUAUUAGAGACCAUGGUUGGAUAAUCAAGGUCAUGUGAUACAAAAUUCCAAAGUCAUAUAUUAAUUAUACAGUAGUGUCCUUAGCUAGGAUUUGGAUACUGUCGAACUGCUCACUCUAAAUCUAGGUGUUGUGUUACAAGAGCUCAGUUUAUCAUAUAUUACGAAGUAUUUGAUUGGACGGUGGUUUAUAUGUAUUGUGACUUUAUUAUCCUACAACCUCAUAGACCACCUACCAUGAGCACGUCUGUGACCAGGUUUUGAAUAUACAGAGAGAGAGAAAAAAAACGGUGUGGAUAAAAGCCUGAAAAUAUUGUAUGGAACUCAUAAAUGUAUAUAGGUAGUAUUUAUUGGGAUUUUUUACCAGUUCAAAACUGUCUGGAUCCAGACUAUUUAUAAUAGAUAAAGACUUAAAAAUUACAAACUGGUUAUAAAGAGUCUAUAACCACGAUAAAGGUAUUCCUGCAGACACAAUUAUAGUGCAGAAUCUCAUAUUGUGUUAUGUUUAAUAUGGAAGGUAUCCAACCGCAAGAGACGUUACAUUAUGCAAAGUGGAAGCAGCAAUAUUGUAGUGUACGCAAUAUAUGCAGUGCUAUUGAACAAGAGUUUUUAAUGGCACCAGAAGGCUAUAUUAUUACUGAUAUUGUAUAUUAUUAUUAUUAUUAUCUUAGUAUGUCAGCCAAACAGUGCUAUGCCUUGAGCUAUGCAAAGACUUGCAGUCAUUAUUGAUAAAAACCUCACAUAAAAAGCAAUGGUUCCACAUUGGCUAGUGGUACUACAAACACUAUACAAGGGGACAUGUUUGGUGAUCUGGAUGUUGCAGUUGUAUGAAAGAACUCUUGCAGCCAAAUAUUUUACAUGUAAAUGUAUCUUUUUAUUGAUGUAACAAUUUAUUUGGUGUACUUUUUUUUCGUAAAAUAAGUUUUUAAUUUUAAAAAAAUAUCUUUUUGUCUCAAUUUGGUUAGAUUUUAUGUGAACUACUACAAUAUAUUUAAAAUAUAUGCUUAGUAGUCAGCCUUAUAAAAAAUUCUUUUACAACUGUUUAUGAAAUUGUAGUUUUAAUUUAAAUAUUUCUCAAAAUUUCUUAACUUGUGUUUUAAAUUGAUGCAUUAUUGACAAUUCUGUUAGAUUUUUUUUGAUUUUUUUUGGCCCAUGGAUACGACUUUUUUAAUUAAAAUAUGUAUUUUGUAUAUAUUGUGUGUCUUAUUUUUGUACAUAUUAAAAUAAGUGAUAUCUCAUCUUCAACCAAAUUAAAACAUUAUCACUCCCAACAAAAAUACCAUUUCUAAAGAAUAUUUCAUUUAAACUUUAAUAUUACUUACAAAAAAAUAUACAAUAAUUAGGUCUCCAUAUUGUGUAAUGUACUUAAUAAAAUCUCUUUCUUAAAAUUAAUUUCUUUAUAAAAAUGAAAUUGUAGAAUAAAUUCCUAUGAGAUCUGGAUUGGUUCCAUAAAAUUACUAUUUAUUCAAUAUAGUAUUAUUUCAAAAAGGUAGCACAUUCUUAGUUAAUAGCAUAAUGAACCAGACAAUGUUUCUCACAUUUAUGACAACUAAAUAGUAUAAGGGGUGAUAAUAAUAUAUGUAAUAAUGUAAAUAUACAUGUAUGUAAGGUGUGAAUAGUGUUUAUUUAGUGCGAGUGCUGUGUUUGAACGUUGGUCGAGUGGAUGGGAGACAUACAUCUAUUGUAUUUAAAACAAAAAUUUCUUUGUAACUGUUUUUCUUCACUUUUUUAUAACUUAAUGUCUCAUCAUGAAUGUUCUUUAGAAAAUUCAACUAGUGUUGAUAGACUUUCUUUGAAGAGACACCAUCUUGUUGUUAUAACAAGCUAAUCUAGAAAAUUAACAUUAUAUAUACUUAUAUUCCUUCUUGAUAUUUUGAAGGAAUUUACAUAUCAUAUAGUAAAUAAAUUAAAUUAGAAAAACAUAGAAAUUUCUCUUGUAUGUGUGGCUUAUGUAUAAAAAGUACUGCUAGAUAGGUUUUACGUCUAAAUUUCAACUCAAUUUAAAAUUUAAUCCACAAAGACAUUUUCGUAUCUUUUGGCAGAUUAUCCUCAUUUUAAAUAAAUAUUUUCAAAAAAUCUGAAAUUUAUUUGAAGAAUUUAAUUAUACAAUGAUAAUUUUAUACAUGGCAUGUUAAUUGUAAGCACUCUCCUCUCAUUAGCUUUUUUUUUCUUCAAGAAAAUGUUUAUAUUGUCAUUCAUCUUCUGAAUGUGUUCAUAUCUCAUCAUUUAUGUAAAAUAUAUAUUAUGCUUUAUACAUAUAAUUAUGUACAGAAUUUUGUACUUAAUAAAUUUUUUUUGUUAAAUUAAUCUAUAGAUAUGAAGAUUGUAUGAAACAAAAUGAUAAAAUAGCAUGUUUUUUUUUAGUCUACUAGUCGGGUAGACUUACCAUCCAGAACAAACGAGCCACUAAAGUGAUAGCAAUAAAUAUGCACGUGGUCGUGUACUAUACUUGUUAUAACUUGUAAUAAAAACAAAAUAAAAUGUAUAAAUUCCAAACAUAAA